UAGAAAUGCAGUAAAAUGCUCUCUCUGCAUCCCCAAAACUCCUUUACUUUGUCUGUUUUGUGUCGCUGUUAUCAGAUAAAGAUUCAGCUGGUCCAUCCCAGCGAGGCAGUGAAGGUCCUAGAGAGAGUGCGGGAACUUCCAAACAAGAGAGUCUUCCACUGUAGCUUCGUCGACGCGAAGACAACAAAGAAGAAGAAGACGAAGAAGAAGGCCUCUUAUACAAGUCAAUGUUUCAGUUCUGCCAACCCCAGAUUGUCGCCCCACCAACAGUGCGACUUCUCAAAGCCGGACGUGAACGGGACCUGGAUUUGUGAGAAACCGGACAAACUUCCGUGUUCCGCCAUAUCAAAGUGCAAAUACAACUUGGAUAAGAGCAGGGCAAAGAUGCUGAAACUGGUGUCUGAAGGGGAAAAGAAACUUUUCCAAAAGCCAUAUCUUGAGGAGGAACUUGAAGUAGACCCUAAGGAGCCCAUACAUGUUCUUAAAGCAGAACUUCCCACACCUCAACACCUUCCAGCGUGUACCUGGGACAAGUCUGCAGCUUUGGGACAUUGGUCAGGCAAGGUCUGGACGUCAUCCGUCUGCAAUGUCCGAGUGUUCACUCAGAAUGACAUCCGGCGGUGCCUGGCUAACAAGACCGUGUACAUGCAAGCUCGUUUGGAAGGAGACAACAGCCAAUGGAACAUUUCUCUUCGCUACCGGUAUCACCACUUCCCCGUACAGGGACGCGCUUGGUGUGUCUUCUGUGACUUCCGCUACGUUGUUGAAACGCUGGACUCGAUUCCAGGAGGCCCAAACACGAUAAUAGUCCUGAGUCUGUGGGCUCACUUUACGGCAGAGCCGCUAGAACUGCUCCGGUCCAGACUGUACGCCAUACGGGCCGCCAUACACCGUCUGAAGCGCAGGGCUCCCGGCACGCGGGUUUUCGUCAGGACUGGGACAACGCGUGAGCACAAGGGAGGAAAGUUGGAGUUCUACCUGCUAGGAAGCGACUGGCUGGCUUACCAGAUCACGGAGGUGAUACGAGAGAUGUUCCGGGCGGAUCCAGACGUGGUUGUGUUGGACACGUGGGACAUGAGCGUGUGUCAGCCGGGAAAAGACAACGUGCACCCAGACCAAACCAUGGUGGACAGUCAACUUAACAGGCUGCUUUCUCAUAUCUGUAUAAAGAAGAAAAACGCUGAAUAUGCAAGUAUCAGGACAUGUUUCUUGCAUGACUUAAAAUGUUUGCAUGACUUUAAAUGUGCAUGUGUAUGUAUAUUUGCUAAUAUGCAAAGAAUGUUGUAUCACCCUCAAUAUAAUAUGGGCUAUACGAAAUGUCAUCUAUAUAUGUUCAUUUUCACGCCACACAGGCCAUAUCUUGAAGAGGAACUCGAAGUAGACCCCAAGGAACCCAUACAUGUUCUUGAAGCAGAACUUCCCACACCUCAACACCUUCCAGCGUGUACCUGGGACAAGUCUGCAGCUUUGGGACAUUGGUCAGGCAAGGUCUGGACGUCAUCCGUCUGCAAUGUCCGAGUGUUCACUCAGAAUGACAUCAGGCGGUGCCUGGCUAACAAGACCGUGUACAUGCAAGGUGACUCCACCAUCAGACAAUGGGGCCAGCGUUUGCUGACGGUAGUACCGUUGAACCACAAGAAGACCAAUAUAGCUCGUUUGGAAGGAGACAACAGCCAAUGGAACAUCUCUGUUCGCUACCGGUUUCACCACUUCCCCGUACAGGGACGCGUUUGGUGUGUCUUCUAUGACUUCCGCUACGUUGUUGAAACGCUGGACACCAAUCCAGGAGGCCCAAACACGGUAAUAAUCCUGAGUCUGUGGGCCCACUUUACGGCAGAGCCGCUAGAACUGCUCCGGUCCAGACUGUACGCCAUACGGGCCGCCAUACACCGUCUGAAGCGCAGGGCUCCCGGCACGCGGGUUUUCGUGAGGACUGGAACAACGCGUGAGCACAAGGGAGGAAAGUUGGAGUUCUACCUGCUAGGAAGCGACUGGCUGGCUUACCAGAUCACGGAGGUGAUACGAGAGAUGUUCCGGGCGGAUCCAGACGUGGUUGUGUUGGACACGUGGGACAUGAGCGUGUGCCAGCCGGGAAAAGACAACGUGCACCCAGACCAAACCAUGGUGGACAGUCAACUUAACAGGCUGCUUUCUCAUAUAUGCCCAAACUAGCAGGGUUCAA